GUAUGUCAAUCAGAGAAAUAAAAUGGAGAAUUUCGUGUGAUUGUUGUUUUGCACAACAUCAGUAUCGCGUACGGGUUGUCAAAGUUUGUGUAUUUUCGUUGCAGAAAACCAGUCGAAAAAUACCUCAAAGUGUACCAACACUCAACCGGAACUAAGUUCUUGCGGUGAAAACCCUCGUAGUGCAUUUUCUAGCUCAGGAAAAAGACAAAUUUCCAACCAUUCCCAGCAGGCCCGAUUAUGAUAGAAGCAAAUAGUGCAAAGGCUGCUGCUUCUACUGCUAAGGUGCUUCUGCCUGUGCUUGGUGGGAGUGAAAAGGGAGGCUUCCCAAGAAAUGUGCGCUUCUUCCAGUGAUUAGAUUUCAUUCCGUUUUAAGAAAGUUACAUCACGGCUCGUCAAUAUACAGUUAUUUGUGAUUACAAAAUAAUAUUGCAAACGCAGACAACGGUGCAGUGGAAUCAAGUGAAUAACGUUUAGAAAAAUCUAAUCAAUAUCGGAACCAAAAGAAGAAAUUGGAAUCCAGAUCGAGUGUGCUGGGGAGUGACGAAAGUGAGUGUGAGCGAGAAGGAAUUAAGCCGAGGUGUUUUUGUAAAAUAGAAAGACGUUGAACGAACAAUGGAAAUGUGUGAACAUUGCUUGUGUGAUAAAAACUAACAUUACUGAAUUUACCGAUUUAAGAAGAAAACUCAACACUGCACAGUGUAUCGAAGCAUUACUUCAACAACAGUAGAUCCCGUAACUCGGUGGAUGGGCAGUGAAUUUUCCUAGACCACGGGCCAGAAUGAAGGAGAUGGUCGGUGGUUGCUGUGUUUGCUCCGAUGAUCGGGGUUGGUCAGAGAACCCUCUGGUCUACUGCGAUGGCCAAAGCUGUGCGGUGGCCGUACACCAAGCGUGUUACGGCAUUGUUACGGUCCCGAGUGGACCGUGGUUCUGUCGAAAGUGUGAAAGCCAAGAGAGAUCGGCUCGGGUCCGGUGUGAGCUGUGUCCGUCGCGUGAUGGCGCCCUCAAGCGGACCGAUAAUCAAGGUUGGGCGCACGUCGUUUGUGCGUUGUACAUUCCGGAGGUGCGUUUCGGUAAUGUAACUACCAUGGAGCCGAUUAUUUUGCAACUUAUUCCUCAAGAACGAUAUAACAAAACGUGUUAUAUCUGUCAAGAAAUGGGCAAAGGAUCUCGUUCAACGGCGGGAGCGUGCAUGCAAUGCAACAAAUCUGGAUGUAAGCAACAAUUUCAUGUUACAUGUGCACAACAGCUCGGUUUACUUUGUGAGGAAGCUGGCAACUAUCUGGACAAUGUCAAGUACUGUGGUUACUGUCAGCACCAUUAUAGUAAAUUGAAAAAAGGAGGGAACGUGAAAACAAUUCCACCGUACAAACCGAUCAGUCACGAAACAAACUCAAGUGAUGGUCCUUCGUCGCCCGAGAAAGAAUUGGAGCCACCAGCAGGGCAACAGCACACAAGUGCAAGUGCUAUGUUGGGUAGUGGAAAUACUAGCAGCAAUAUGAAAUCAAACAACCGCCUUUCGAUUGAUCAGAACGCUACGACAUCGGCAUCUUCAUCGUCGAAACAGAGAAAAUCAUCGAGUGUCUCCAAAGGUGUACCCAGCUCAACAGCUACAUCAUCAACGCCAACGUUUGUAAGUACUGGAAGUAGCAGUGCUGUCAUAAGCAGUCAAUCCUCAUCCUCUGCUUCGGUCAGUCUAUCCGGUCUAUCCGGCACUGGAAGCACCGGCAGCAACAGCACAACUGGAGGAAACAACAGCAAGACUGUUUCCUCUUCGUCCAACAGCGGUAGUAAUAAGGAUAAGGACAAAUACAGUAAAAAUGUAAAUAAGGUAUCCAGUACAAACAAAAGCCACGAUAAAGAUCUCUCGUCCGGAUCUUCAUCAGCCUCCUCCUCUUCACAGCGUGACAAGGGGUCGAAAUCGAAAUCCAGUAGCGGCAUCAACACCGUAAACAGCAGUACUGCUGGCGGCGUUGGCCCAUCAGUUAAUCUACCCGGUGCCAAUGCCGGCAUCAGUAGUUCACUGAGCAAGGAUGAUUCAAUAUCAUUAUCAUCCUCAAUAUCUGCCACGGCAAAUUUGCCUUCAUCGUCGAUAAAAAGUCAUGACAAUUCAGUGAUCAAACCAGACAAAACUCUUGCACAGAUUUCUUCCGCAGCAGCAUCUUCUGCUCGAGCGGCUUCUCUAUCUCCGGCUGCUAUUCCAACGACGCUAAUUAUAAAACCACCACACGAACAUAGUGGAAAUAAUAAAGAUCUCUUGUCCAAGGAAGCAAUUGCAAAAUUUACCACCUCAAAUUUCACCGAAACUAUUGUCGUGAAUUCCGAUUCCGUUUUUGGCUCGACAGGCACCAACAGCGGUAGUAAUAGUAACAACACUGUCAGCAGUGGUGCUGUAACCAACACAACCAGCACUGGAAGUAAUAUUGGAUCUAGUUUGGGAUCUACUACAGUAAUUGAAACAGUUAGCGGUAGUGGUGGUGGUGGUGGCGGAGGUUCUGGAAGUAAUACUAGCAAGCUGCCCGUUGGCAAUUCGUACUCUACUGCGGCGUCGAAUGUCGCAAAGAAGCGAAAGGCUGAUGCCAGAUCUACUCCAACGUCGUUUUCAAGCGGAGAUAUCGAUAUCACUCGGGAUAUGAUCAAAGAUGUUGCCGUUUCUCUUGUGCCAUUACCAUUGAAUAAAAGUGAUAGCAUUGAUCCAGCAUCUAUUCUCAGUAUCGAGAAAAGUAUCAAAAAGGCCAAAACUGAACCAAACUCUCCUCAUCCUCCGACCGGUGAACUCAACCUUCAGAACGUGAGUCCCAAUCUAAUUCAGACUCACGGUUCGAAUGUUAUCGCUUCAUCGAUCAAAAAUCAGCAACAGCCCAACUCACCUCAGUUGCAACAACAACAACAACAACAACAACAGCAGGGGCAACAGCACACACCGAGCCUCGUGGUGUCAGUUCCCCUUUCGACAGCUACCGUACCUGGAAUAAACCUUCUUACGAGUAACAGCAGUGCCUCCAGCACAACCAGCAAUGCUCCGAGCAGCAGCGUUAGCAGCAAUACGCCGAACAUUAUUUCACCGAGCCAAAUGUCAUCGGCAUCCAGUUUGUAUCAACAGUUGACCCAAAGGACGGGCGAGCAAAUAAUGAAUGCAACGAGUAACAGAUCCAGCCCGAUAAUUCAACACCAAUCCAAUGUGCCAAGCCACGUUAUCCAGAAUCCGACCCACUCAAUACUCGAACGGCAUUCGCCGUCAAUGCGAUCAUCCCCUGCCAUCAUAACUAGCGCUGGUUCGCAACAACAAAUACAACACCCCUUCUCGUCCGGUGGAAUGGAUUUGAACCUGGCCGGUAUGUCGUCCAACGUGUCCGUACUACAGAGCGUUUCGCCCGUAUCGAUGAGUGCCAUACAAAGUACUUCCUCAUCGCCGAUCAUUCCGGGCGGUGGCGGUGGCGAUGGUGGUCUAAAAAUCACCUACGAGAAGCAAACAACGAACGUGCGAAUAGCUGCGCUCCAGGAGGAGAAAAGUUCCGGACGGAGAUCGAGAUCGAAAUCAAGGGAUCGUGGUGGUGGCGGUGGUAGUACCGGAAGCGGAAGCAGUAGCAUCGGUGGUGGUAAAACGCGAACGUCCAAGAAACGCUCACUACAACAGCAGCAGAUACAACGUUCCUCGUCGUCGAACAACACUGGCGCGACAUCCUCUCCCUCUUCCUCCAACACACUGCACGUUAAUGAAUCCACCACCACACCUCGUAGUUCGACGCCUAGCAGUAGCCACAGCAGUAGUCACCCAAACGCUCCUAACAAUAGUAAUAAUAGUAAUAACAACCAACCUAACCUGACCCAUAACAGUAGUAGCGGAAAUUCUAGUCACACUAACUCUGCCAGUGGCAGUGCUGGCAACAGCUCGCUGAUCACUCCUAUCGGAACAACCAUCGUCGGACCAUCGAUUCAAAUCCACUCAGACAAGCAUUCCCAGUCCGUUUCCCCUGCUUCAUAUCUAGCAAAUGCUACCGCGAACGCUUCUAAAACUGUCACUAGCUCCACUGUAACUCCUUCCACUGCUUCCGGUACACAUGUCAUUGAAAUGGUCGGUAUGGUAUCUACCUCGUCCAACAACUUUUCGAGUAUCAGCGGUCAAACUCAACACAUAACCACCAGCGGCAGCAAUGCGAGUGGUAGCAACUUCAACAGCAACAGCAACAACAACAGCAACAAUCACAACAACAACAGCAAUAGUAGUAUCUUAAUAGCCAAUACCGGCACAGAACAUGGUCACGGCACCCCCAGUAGCAAUAAUACCAGUAGUAACAGUAAUAAUGCUGUGGUGGUCACGCACACCAGCAAGAAGCUUAGAUCUUCACAAGCAAUGGUUGAAAUACCCUCGCCAUCUAAUUCCAGAACGCCGGACAAUAGUUUCGGUUCCAAUCCGUUUAGCAGCGGUAGCAGCGGGGGACUUAAAUUUUCCUACGAGGCCCAACCAUCCAACCCGGCGGCGAUAGGAGCAAUGGCGACCAUAAUUACACCGCAAGCGAUGGUUAAGGAGUCUCCGCCUAGCUCCCCUGGAUCUGACUCGGGCAUGAUUCGUAGCAACAAACGGAAUCGGAAGUUAUCGACGAAUUCCAACGUUGGAAUACUGCAGGACACGAAGGACAGCAAGCUGUUCCAAAAUGGGGUUGUUCAUGCAACACACAUGCUGGGCAAUCAACUUAACCCGAAUAGUAGCGUGGCUCAGAAGAUGUCCGACCAACUGAAUAUGGAGAUGGAAACACACACGUUCAUAGAAACGGCCCCGCAAAUAGUUGGACCACCCUUUCCCGGAAAGAUUCAAGCCUCACGAACGAGUAACCCAGCAGCACCGCCUACCGGGGGACCUUCUUUGACUUCGAUGCUCUCGGGAAGCGGUACUGCCACUGCCAACGGUAAUACACCUCAAAGUUUGGAGCAGCUACUGGAGCGACAAUGGGAACAAGGAUCUCAGUUUUUGAUGGAACAAGCACAGCAUUUUGACAUUGCAUCGUUACUGUCUUGUCUACAUCAAUUACGAAGUGAAAACAUUCGUCUCGAGGAUCAUGUUAACAAUCUCGUAGCUCGAAGGGAUCAUCUACUGGCAGUCAACGCGCGAUUAGCGAUUCCACUGAAUCCAACCGCAAUCGGAGGUGUGGGGCUGGCUGGGGGUGGUUCUGGUGGUGCUGGUGGACCAGGUGGUACAGGUGGCGGUAGUGGAACUGGUUCCACCGGAUCUCAAGGGCAUUUCAACAACAUGCACGGCAACGGGCCACACGAAUCCGGGGGAGGAUCAACCAACGCCAACACCGCAACAAUUUCCAGCAGGAGUAGCCGGAUACAACAACACCAAACGCAACAGCAGCAUCAGCAGCAAUCUCAGUCUCAUUUCGGUAGCAAUGUGAACAAUCAGAUACCGUUGGAAAAUGGUAUCGAUUUUCGACAUUCAAGCUCCUCCCAUCAAAGUACCAAUAAUUCCUCAAUCAGGCACCAUUCUCCGACAAAUCAGCAUUUCCCUGCUUCUUCAGGAUCGUCUAACCGGCAAUCAGCUUCCACAUCAAAUAGUGGCUCGGAACAACCAGUUUCCCAUGCUCGGUCAGGCCGAAGUAAUAGCAGUAGCACCAAUACAACGGCCGGUAGCAGCAACAACAGCACAACAUCAUCCUCAUCCUACCAACAAACAAUCUAUAACACCGCCCACCAGAUACCGCUCUUGUUGGAGCACCACCAACAGGAGCACCACACCCAACAGCCGUUGCAGCAGCAACCCCAACCGUCACAAGCGCAUCACCAUCGGCAAGUCUCGCCGACCGUCUCGUCACGCUCCCACCACUCGUCGCACUCGGUUCGCACCUCAGGCACCGCGGCAUCUGCGUCCCACUCCCAUCAUCCACCACUUUCCCAUCACCAUCAAUCAUUGUCGACUGUGGCAUCUUCCGCACAUUCGUUGUCGUCUCAGCAACAACAACAACAACAACCACCACCGCAAAGACAACGGCACUAGGCUAGUCUGACGGCAGAUCAAACCUCUUAGAGUACAUAUAGAUAGCACCUUUGCAAUAUAUCUGUAAAAAGCAAACCCACGACACAUUUUGUACACAUUUUGAAGUAUCACACACUAAAAGUUCUUUUUUUUCAUUUUUCGCAACAUUUCAAUUUAUGCAGUAUUUGACAUAAUUAGUUAGACUAGUGCUAGCCAAACAUUGUGUUUAGACUUAGUUUUUCUUUUUGACCCAGUUGAGACUUAGUUCAAUUUUAAAUAAAGGAUGCCUAGAUCGAUGGAAGCGCCUCAAUCGACUUAUUAUUUCCUUACAACUGGAGUGAAAAAGUGGCUGGGUAAUGUCAGAGACUUAACCGGAUGACGUGACUAUAAAUGAAAUUAACACGUUUCUUCACAUUUCUGAACAUAUAAAAUCGAUCUCAUAAGAUGAUAUAUUGUAAAGUUGACAAAAUGUUGGUAUAUUGUGAAAUUGCUAUGAGAUUUUCAGUUAAAUUGCGUUGAUGCUGGAGCGUUCCGAAAUCUAUUGAUAAUAAUCAAGAGCUAGCUUAAAUUGAUAGUUCAUUGCUAACCAAACCGAUUGACAGGGGUAUUGUCAUUGAAUUUUUGCUCACUAAAGUUAUAGUAUUAGAUGGUUACAAAUCACGCCUUUUUUUUUAGAACGGCCAAUAAGCCAUCCAUCAACAUUCACUUUGAAGAGUAAUUUCGAAUGACUCGGCACUCGCUGAGAGUAAGUCAUAAUAGUAAACGACAGAGAAAAAUUUUCUCUUUCGUCUGGUGUUAAAUUUAAUACUCUAUCUUUCAUAGCUAAUUUGCAAUUUCUUUCAAAAGUGGAAGUUGACAGGGUGCUUAUUGGCCGCCGUGAAAUCUUCCCAUUUUCACCCGCACAGCAGAAACGGCCAGGAAAAACAGUGCAUUUAUUCCAUUUUCUCACAUUUGCUGGAUGUCACUUUAUCGGCAAUAUACGCUUUUUUCAGACACUUUCUGGUGUAAACUUGGGAUGUCAUCGUCAAGGAUGUGACGAGUGGUUAUUGUUAUGAUUCCAACUGAACUGUCAAAAGCAGUUCCAAUAUGCUUGUUUGCUAUUGCAUUCUUGCUCGUUGUUUGCCGUUUUUGUAGUUCAUUCUGAGGUUAUGUGGAUCCGCGAAGUGGCAUUAGCAGUUCAACAUAAUCCGCUUAUGCACUGAUGAACUGAAUGCGAAACGUAACAGAAUGUUUGUUUUGGUUAUCUCGAACUCCCCGGCGAAUGACCAAUUAUGGUUAAAACCGGGGUGAAAUAAAACACCAUUAAUAAUAGUAAAAAGUUUUUUUCGUUACCAGAUCUACGAUUUUCCUCUCCGCUGAUCUCUGGUUGUAGGGUCACUAAUGAAAAUACAUAUGAACAAUUCUCGGGUAAUUUUUCAACUCUUUGCAUAAAAUGAUACCCGAAACUUUCGACUUUCAAACAAAAUAGUGAUAUCAAAGAAAAUCUUUUUAAUCACAUCACAAUAAUCGAAAGAGAGAGUGAUUAAAGAGAAACUGUCACUUGCUUAUACGCCCUAAUGAAAAAUCAACCGAGAAUUCUCAAACGCAGCAUUUGACAGUUGUGGUUUCGGACAACGAAAAAUAAGAGGUUCUUUAGACUUCAAGUAAAUUGUAUGCAGAUGACAAUCGUGCCACCGAGGUACCAUUAUCGACCAAAACGUAACCGCAAGUUCAAUGUGCGGUUUGCCCAAUGUCGUACGACGUAUAUAGAACACUGGUAAGACCAUUUGUCCUCUACGGAACGAACGGACUAUUGAACUUUUCGAACUACGAACGAUCUACGGUAGAUUACUAACAGCUAACGGAGUUUGACGGAGACGCAUGAACUUAGUCGAGCUGGUCACGUAGCACGAAUGCAAGAGGACCGUUCCGUCCGGCUACUUUUUUAUCGCGCCUAACUGGGCGAAUGCGCAGGUAGAAGUGGAGCCGAAUACGCACGAUGGGGUGAUCAAAUCAGGGGGGACCUGGUACAAAUUUGCAAUCUGCAGCUCAAAUGUAUGGGUAAUAAGUUUUCUUAUUCACUUUUGCUCUAACAAUUUUCAAAAGAAAUUAUAGAACACUUAUACAAACUACCACACACUUCUAUACGUUUCAUAAUGUUGAAAAUCCCUUUUUUACCUUUCCUAAGACAAAACCGAAAUGUAUGUUGUAUUUGAUUUAUUUUGUUGCAUGUUUGAUAAUGUGUAACGCUGCAUUAUGUCGAAUAAUGUAAAAAACGGACUAGCAAACAGAACUUUUACAUAUGAUUUGCUUAAAAAUUUGUCCAACUAGACAAGAUUCAUGAAAAUGCCAAUUGAAUGUAUUCGAAAAUGUUUCGGAUUGAUUUAUGUUUUGUUCAAUUUGUUCAUUUGUGUAAUUAUACUAUCCUGUUAGUACCUAAAUAAUAUGUACAAAGUUUUUAACAGCAACAGUAGUUCUUUAGUAUACAAUGAUAGUAUUAGGGUAAACUGCAAAACAGCUGAAAAUCACAAAUUCAAAAAUUUAAUGAUUUGUUGCCACAGUCGACUAUGUUCCCUCGUGUAAAAUGAUUCGAGCAGAAUCAUACACGCUGCCAGGAAAUUACUUGGCUUAAAGUUUUUUUUCAUCUAAAAUAAUCAGUGAAAUCAUUUGUUAUUUGAUUUGGAAUUCAUUAUGGCACGAAUCGAUUAGGACGGGUUGCGUGCUGAAAGUUCCUUUUCAGUUAACAGUAUUUUUUUGUUAGUUCAACGGUAAAGUUCUAUUCACUCUACUUAAAAUUGAGUGCGGUCAACUAAACAUUAAUUUCUCUAAGGGACAAGGAAAAAAACAAAUGGAUGAGAUUAUUUAGUAUUUUUCUGGCUUUGUGUAUUUUUCAUUAAAAAGAAAAUUGUGUUAGUUGCGCCUCUUAUAUCGGCUUAUUUUAGUAAAAUGCACAAAACUUACUCCAUCAUUUUAUCUAGCUGAUAGCUUUUCCAAUUAGUUUAAAUCUCAGGACAAAACUUAUCUACCUACUAAAAAACCUAAGCGAAUCGCAUCUUCAAAUUUGAAAAUGUAUGUCUACAAUCUAUUAUUCAUGAUAGUUAAGUUAUCUCGACAUUAAACGGUAUGCUGAAAUUAGAAGGAUUGUAAAAAGUUAAACAUGAUAUUUAUGCCAGUCAAAAUUAAGAUCAAUAAAUAAUCAGUACAUUCUAAGAAGAAAGAAAUAAAAAUUGAAGUAUUAAAAUAU